AUGGCAGAUCCUUUGAGCAUUAGCGCCUCAGUGCUUGCGGUCCUCACAGCCGCCAUUCAGUCGACGAAGUCGCUCUAUGAGGCUGUGAAACGUUUCAAGGAUCGCAACAAAACUUUACGCAGGCUUCAGGAUGAGCUUGAGGAUCUUGGGAAUAUUCUGAACUCACUGAAAGAAGCAAUUGACGCUGAAGCGUCGGUGAUGGCGCUUCUUCAAGGUCCUCUUGACCGAUGCAGCCAGGUGUGUCGCGAGUUCGAGCAGCAGAUGAAGGUAUUCACUGGAAAAUCGAAGACAGGCUUCCGAGAUUGGACUAAAAUGGAGUUUAUGAGAGGCGAUAUCAAUGAUUUUAUAGACACUAUUUCGGGGUAUAAGUCAACGAUCUCAGUCGGCUUGGGCACAAUUACCAUGCAUACAUCUAAAGUCUCCCACCAAGUUCUUCAACAGUAUAACGAGAUGAUACAUGAUACAGCAUAUAAUCUUGAGCUACAUCUGCAGCGAAUAGACGAGAAAAUGGCCGAGCUUACAGUCGAGGAUACGAGUACGACAGGUGUGACAGUUGAUCUGAAUGACGAGAGGGAAGUGACCCAACAGUGCCUUCGUAUUUGUGAAGAUGCGAGGACUUUCAUCGAAAAUUUGACAAAUCGGGAAUCGACUCUACUGCAUGACGCACCCCCGGCCGCAAGUGAUGAUGGCCAAAGCUGCUUUGAAGCACAAUUGUUAACACGCCAGGCUCUGGAUGACAAUCGAGACCGCCUCGCAGCGAUCAGUGGCCGUCUUCAGGAACGUCUUCAGAGCCUACUCUUGGAUGAUGGUCCUCAAAGAGACGAGGAGAGAUUGAAGUUACAGGAAGACAUCAACAUUUCGAAGCAGUGUCUCGAGGUGUGCAAAGUAGCUAAAGAAGUUUCCCACCAGAAGAUUUACAGAAUUGGGGAAGUCGUUGCCGAUGGUGACAGCGAUCAAGUGGUGGUGACGACCUUGGCGGAUCUGUUCGACGUUAAGAAAGCCUUGUCUAAAGGCAACUCGGUGCAGCUGAUUGGCUCAAUGACAGAUGAAACUCUUCAGCACAUGGCUGAGAAGCGUUAUAAUAGUCGGUUUGGAGCGUUAGUCAUCGAUUCUGUUCGUUCUCGAGCCGACCCGUCUUCUGGCCUCGAUACUCACAAAAGUAAGCAAAGUUAUCCUCCUCAGCCAAGGAAUGACGAGCAGCCAACCGGGUCGGAAGCGAGACGUAGUCGGCCAUCUCCCAACGAGAUGAGAAAACGCUUGGCGGAUGACGGCAGGAAAUGA